ACCUUCAUUAACAUUACAUGACUUGAUAAAGCUGUUUACAAAUCGUUGUUUUUUACUUAAACUGUAUUUUAGGUUGUUCGUUGUAUUUUUAAAUAAAAAAAAAUUAUAAUUGAAACGGUUCUCGAGGUAAGAGAGGUAAUAACAACGUUUGGGUUAAGAAGAUGAACGAGGAACACGUCGUGAGUUUCACUGUACUCGGUGUGGAGACGAAUAUAGCUUGUAUCGCGGUCGAGGACGACACACUCCAAGCCCUCCUGUCUAAAGGUGAGCUCGAUUGCUGCCUGGUGAAGAGGAUCCUCGUCGUCGACGCGAAGCAGCUCCUGACCGCCGCCCACCGGGCCCUCGCCGCCAAGAACUCCGGCACUCUCAUAACGAGGAACGUCUACUCGGAAUUGCUGUACAACCUAUCACCGUCGAAGAACAUCACGCAAAGCCUGAGGACUUUCGGGGCCGAACCGUCGGACAGGGAGAUGGUGUUGGUCAGGUUCGGUCCGAAGGCGGACCUCAUGCGUUCUGCCCUGGCAUGGCCAGUUGCAUCGAGACCGUUCCUCCCCCAGGCAUCUGUGUCAAAGAUCAAGGAAGUAUACGGAAUCAAAGAAACUGAAGCAUUGUCAACAUCUCUGCUCGAUUCUAUACUAACAAGGAUUGCCGUUAAAUGUGUCAUUUAAUUUCAGUACUUUAAACAACAAUCAGUUUUUUAUUGUUAUUAUAUAAAUGUAUUUAUAAUCUUUGAUGACCUUUCAAUUUUUUUAUAAUAUAACCUAAAUGUUUACUUUCAGGUA